UAAACUCGGUGCCUGAUAGUGCAAGCAAAGCAAGCACCCCACCUUUUCUGCUCUCCCUAAACUCACUGUGUUUUCCUCUUUGUCUGUAAAAAAAACCUGCUUUCUUUUCUUUCUAUCGACUCUCUUUUUUUGCCUCCUCACUAUUUCUAUAAGCCCUUGUUUAGUGCUUCGCUAGCAAAACCCACCUCAAAAAAAAAAAACUCAGCCCUCUCUCUCCCUCCCUCUCUCUCUCACACACAAAAACACACACUUGCUUAGUCUUAUAAUUCAAAUCCUCCUCACUCUAAGUCUACCUUGUAAGCCAAAACUUCUAUUCUAUCUUAGAACCUCUCCUUUCAGUAUGGAAGGUGCUUAAAGCUCAAGAUUUGGACACAAGAGAAAUUGAUGUAGGUAAUCCAGUUUCUUUCUCCUUUCUUUCCGUUUCCAUUACGAGUCGAAAGAAGAACAAAGAAGGCUUACUACAGUCGUCUCCCAGCUUGCUCCAUCAUUUUCUUUCUCAGAGAUUGUUUGACCCCCUUUCUCUAUAUCUCUCUCUCUCUCACUUUCGAGAAAUAGAAAUUGGUCUCUUAUCGAUGCUAGCUCCUGGCCACAGUGUCACUGAAUUUGUUUGUCUUUUCUUUUUUCUUUUUUCCUUCUAAGUUGACCUCUCGAGAGAAAAUAAGGUGGAUACUCAAAGUCUAUGCGGUUGGGGUACCCUUUUGUUGCUUUGCUCUCCUGAUCAUUAAACUUGUGAUAUCUCUCUUAGAGCCAGCAGAUCUCCCCUAUCAUUUCAACACCUUCUCUCUCUCUCAAAGCAACUGCAAUUUAGUCACCUAAAACAAGAGUUUGUGGAUAUUUUUCCCUAUCUUUUCUGUCUGCGAGAAUAGUAAGGUUUUCUAGUUUGUGUUGGUUCUAAAAGAGUGGACAAUUGUCAAGAAAGGUCCCAGGAGUAUAUAAGAAAGCAACCACUUUUAAUAUUAAUGAUUUAGGCCUCCUAAUUAUAUCCUGUCUUGUUCUUUCUCUUCCUGUCACCACACCAACAACAAGACACAAAAUAAUAUAAUAGCCAGAGAAGCAGCAGAGAGAAAACAAGGGAUGGAACUUUCAAGUCAAGAAGGAGAAAUCCCAAUCUCAAUCCCAAUCCCAAUCCCAAUAAACAGUACAUAUGGUGUGGGGCAUGGGCACUUGAUCCAUCAUGAUCCUGCACCCCACAACCACAUCAUCCCUUCAUCAGCAACCCAAAUCCCCUCCAAUGGCCUAGAGGAUCAUGUGCCUUACAAGAAAGUGGUGAGGUACAGAGAAUGCCUCAAGAACCAUGCAGCAGCAAUGGGAGGGAAUGCCACUGAUGGCUGUGGUGAAUUCAUGCCCAAUGGUGAAGAGGGUACAAUAGAAGCACUCAAUUGCUCUGCCUGCAAUUGUCACAGAAACUUCCACAGAAAAGAAGUUGAAGGUGAGCCCUCAUCAUGUGACUGCCACCAUAAUAGCCCACAUCUCAACAGGGUUGGGAGGAAAUUCAUGCUUGGCCAUCAUAAAAAUAUACUUACCCCUGAGGCCUUGGGGUACCCUACAGCUACAGGUACCUUCAUAUCUUCAAGACCAGCAGCACCCCACCAAAUUAUAAUGCCCUAUAACAUGGGCUCCCUCCCUUCGGAGUCUGAUGAGCAGGAAGAUGGUGGGGGUGCACUAAUGGCCAGGCAUGCUCCACAGCUUGUGAAGAAAAGGUUCAGGACCAAGUUCACACAAGAACAGAAGGAGAAAAUGCUCAACUUUGCAGAGAAAGUUGGGUGGAAAAUCCAGAAGCAAGAAGAGGCUGUGGUGCAACAGUUCUGCCAAGAGAUUGGAGUCAAGAGAAGAGUCCUCAAGGUUUGGAUGCACAACAACAAGCACAAUCUAGCCAAGAAAAAUCACUCCACAGAUUUAAGUUAACCAUAUUUUUAGUUUGUGCUUUUAACUCCACAUGAUCUCAGCUGAAUGAAUCUGUUUCUCUUAUUUUCUUUACACCCUAUCUUUUUAAUCAUUUUCUUCUCUUUUGAGUACGUUACUUGAGGUCUCUUACUGUUUGUAAUAAUAGUGGUUAUAUAUGAUAUGUAAUGUAGCUUAGGCAAAUUGGGUUUGGUAGUGUUUGAGUUGUGGUUGAUGUUCUUGUUCAAUGUUCAGUGCAGGAUUGAGUUGAGUUAUUCAGACUGAGAUACGCCAAUGUAUUAAUUAAUCUUCAAUGUUAGGAGAAGAGCUUUUCUUAAUUAA